ACCAGGUCCCCUGCGCUUCUAUACCUGAAACAUGGGGUCCCCACAGACCUGGAAAUUUUCGCCCUUCUUCCUUCACCCAGGACAAAUUGAGACGUCCCCAUAAGAGUCCGGAUAUCGCUUCCUUUUGGGUUUAAAGUCGCCCUGAGGCUGGGCCGGCCCGGUCUUUCUGCUAUAGGACAGUGUUACACUUCCUGUCGCGUAGUUUUUCUGCUCAAAACCAUUUUCUGACUCCUCCCGCCCCGCGGUUUUUAAAGUCCUCACCCGAGAGCUGGAUUCCCUCCCUGGGCGCCUCCCACCCUCGCCUUCGUAGGCCACUGGAGCGCAGCGCAGGGACCUCAGUCCCACGGAGGCCACGUCCUCUGCCUGGUCCUGGAAUCCUGCAGAUCCCCACCCUUGUCUUAAGACGCCCCCACCUCCCUCCUCGUGCCAGGCCCUGCAGUUCCCCAGGUCUCCCCUCUGCAGUCACCGCUUCCCCUGAGACCGCAUUGGGGAGGUGCCCGGGGCCUGUCCUGUGAUACGGGGUGUUCUUGCCUGCCCAGCUCCAGCCACUGGAAAAUGCGCACCCCCGGGAUGCAGGCUUCCUACUCCAAACCCUCCUGUGAUUGUGACGGCCAAAGGCUUCAGGAGACACAGCAGUAGAAAACCUGAGACAGAAAAAAGAAGAAUGAGAAAGACCCAUAACAGAUGGCAAAGUAGAGGAUAGGUGAAGGAUUUGCCGAGAGACAGCAAAAGUGAAAAGAAAACGAUAAGAAAGCAGGAGGAGAAAAGCAACUGGAGAAAUGUAGAGAAAAGCUAGAUGUACAGAGAGAUGAAGGACAGCAAUGUAGUAAGGGGCAGCAAAGAGGGAGGCUCAUCAGAGGGAGGGAGAGGAGGAGGGAUUUGGAGCCAGGACAGACAGAGCAGAGUGGUGCUGGUGGCAAGGAGAACAGAAGGAGAAGCACAGCAGGGAGGAUACCUGAGGACUGGGGUUCCAGAGGGUGGGGACAGGGGUGUAUAACAGGGAAGAGAGAAUUUAACAGGGAGAGCAGAGGAGGCACAGAGAUGGGAGAAGAGACGGAAAUAUAUCAAGAUUGAGGAUGAUCGAACGAUUGGGGAGAAGGAGCAGCAAGAAGUUAGGACUGACUUCUAAGGACUCUUGGUACGUGAAGAAGAAAUCCAGAAAAGGAAGAGGAAAGCAGAGGAGUCAGGGAUGGCUCUUCCUCAGGGUCUACUGACAUUCAGGGAUGUGGCCAUAGAAUUCUCUCAGGAGGAGUGGAAAUGCCUGGACCCUGCUCAGAGAACUUUAUACAGAAACGUGAUGUUGGAGAAUUAUAGGAACCUCGUCUCCCUGGGUAUUUUUUCUAAAUAUGAGAUCAAGGAAUUACCAACAAAAAAGGAGAGUAAUACAGGAGAAAUAUUCCAGACAGUAAUGUUGGAAAGACCUGAAAGCCACGACAUAGAAGAUUUUUGCUUCAGUGAAACCCAGAAAAAUGUACAUGACUCUCAGUGUCAGUGGAGACAUGAUGAAAGACAUUACAAACGAGUGUGUGUGACCUAUAAGGAAAGUCUCAUUGGUAGAAGAGACAUGCGUGGUAGAAAGGAUGGUGUACAAAACAAGCCUAUUAAAAAUCAACUUGGAUUAAACUUACAGUCACACCUACCAGAACUGCAGCUAUUUCAAGCUGAAAGGAAAAUAUACAAAUAUGAUCACACGGAAAAAUCUGUCGAUAGUAGUUCCUUAGUUUCCCCACCCCAAGGUAUUUCUUCUACUGUCAAAACCCAUGUUUCUCAUACACAUGAAUAUAAUUUUGUGGAUUCGUUAUUCACACAAAAAGAGAAAGCAAACAUUGGGACAGAACACUACAAAUGUAAUGAAUGUGGCAAGUCCUUUCACCAAGGCUUACAUUUUACUAUACAUCAAAUAAUCCAUACUGAGGAGAAGCAGCUUAAAUGUGAUAUAUGUGGCAAGAGCUUCAAUAAAAAAUCAAACCUUGCAAGUCAUCGAAGAAUUCAUACUGGAGAGAAGCCAUAUAAAUGUAAUGAAUGUGGCAAGGUCUUCAAUAAUAUUUCACACCUUGCACAGCAUCGCAGGAUUCAUACUGGAGAGAAACCAUAUAAAUGUAAUGAAUGUGGCAAGGUCUUUAAUCAAAUUUCACACCUUGCACAACAUCAAAGAAUACAUACUGGAGAGAAACCUUAUAAAUGUAAUGAAUGUGGAAAGGUAUUCCAUCAAAUUUCACACCUUGCACAACAUCGGACAAUUCAUACUGGAGAAAAACCUUACAAAUGUAACAAAUGUGGCAAGGUGUUCAGUCGCAAUUCCUACCUUAUACAACAUCUGAUCAUUCAUACUGGAGACAAACCCUACAAAUGUAAUGAAUGUGGAAAGGUCUUCAAUCAUAUUUCACACCUUGCACAACAUCGGAGAAUUCACACUGGAGAGAAACCCUACAAAUGUAACGAAUGUGGCAAGGUCUUCAGUCACAAGUCAUCCCUAGCAAAUCACUGGAGAAUCCAUACUGGAGAGAAACCUUACAAAUGUAAUGAAUGUGGCAAGGUCUUCAGUCGCAAUUCAUACCUUGCCCAACAUCUGCUAAUUCAUACUGGUGAGAAACCUUAUAAGUGUGAUGAGUGUGACAAAGCAUUCAGUCAAAAUUCACACCUUGUACAACAUCGCAGAAUUCAUACUGGAGAGAAACCUUACAAAUGUAAUGAAUGUGGCAAAGUGUUCAGCCAAAAUUCAUACCUUGCAUAUCAUCGGAGAAUUCAUACUGGAGAAAAACCUUAUAAAUGUAAUGAAUGUGGGAAGGUCUUCAGUCUAAACUCAUCCCUAGCACAUCAUCGGAAAAUUCACACUGGAGAGAAGCCUUACAAAUGUAAGGAAUGUGGCAAAGCUUUCAGUGUGCGUUCAAGCCUUACUAAUCAUCAUGUGACCCAUACUGGAGAGAAACCUUUCAAAUGUAAUGAAUGUGGCAAACUCUUCCGCGACAGUUCGUAUCUUGUUGGUCAUCAGAGAUUUCAUGCCGGAGAGAAAUCUAACAAAUGUAAUUAAUGUGGCAGAGCGUUCAGUCAGCAUUAAAGCCUUGCAACACAUACAAUAAUUUAUACUGGAGAAAAACUUUGCAAGUAUAAUGAAUGUAGCAGAGCCUUUAGUUUUGUUCAAGGCUUAAUAACCAUUAGCUUAGUCCAUAGGGGAGAGAAACUUUACUAAUGUAUUGAAUGUGGCAAGGCCUUAAGGUAAAAGUCUAAGAUCAGGAUUUUUCAAAGAAUUCUUGCUGGUGAGAAACCUAACAAAUGUAAUGAAAGUGGCAAGGUCUUCUGGCACAACUCUCACAUUGUACAAUAUUGCAAAAUUUCAUACUUGAGAAACAAAAACACUGAGUGGGAAACCAUUAUGACUUCAAACAUUCAUCAACAUCAGAGAAUCCAUACUAAAGAGCCUUUAUAUAAUUAUAUGUGAUAGAGAUUUCCUGCAGGCCAUAGUCUUACUAGGCAUCAAAAACUUUUUUGAUGAAACCAUACAAAGGGAAUGUGCAUGCUUAGGCUUUUACCCAAGCAUUAAAACUGGAACAUCACAGGGUUUAUACUGGAGAGUAACUACACAAAGAUAAUGAAUGUAAUAAGCCUUUCAGUGUAAUAUUCAUUAUUUUGUCAUGAGAGAUCUACUCAAUAAAAACCAAGUAAAUGUAGUAAA